GUGUGGUUUGAACAGGUCAGACCCAUCUCAUUAUUUAAUGGAUGUCUGGAAGGAGUUCAGCUGGAGAGUAAUUGGAAAAAGCAGGAAAAAAAUAUGAAUACACAUGUAAUGUAUUCAUCUGCAAAGCAUCUUUCUUCAAAGAGUCAUAAGAAUAGGCAUAUUGGGUCAAACCAGGGGAUGGUCUGGCCCUGUAUCCCACCUUUGGUCAUGGCCAGAAGCAGAUGCCUGGAAAAGAGCAGAAAAACUAUGCAAGCAGCCCAGCUGGAAAAUGUGGUGGUGACUCUGAAGAGAUUUUCCUCUUGCUUCUCCUCAAGGAGAAGUGCAUCCUGAGCAGGAUGCAGCAGCCAGCACCUGGUGACGGGGGCAGAGCCAUCUCCUUGCUGUAUCCAUCCCCAGCCAGCCUCGCUGCUGAACACCGCGUCAUUGAGGAUCCCGAGUGGUCCCUCGCCACUGUCCCCCACCUCACUGAUCUCUGCCUCCAGCACAUCAUUCACAAUUUUGGAAAGAAUCCUGUUUUGAACCAUCUUCUGCCUGAACACCAAAGAAAGGUGCUGGACAGGCUCUCCACUGAUGUUCCACUCGCAGUGACUGCCAACCUAAUCAGAGAUGAGGACUACUGGAAGAGGUGCUGCACUGAGCGCUGGCAAGUGUGUGACAUCUCCAACUAUGGAGGCAGCUGGAAACGGAUGUUCAUGGAACGUCACCUGGAGAACGUUGUGAAACGUUUCAUCCCUAACUCCACAGAUCCCAACCAGGUCCUAGAGCUCAUCCCACUCUGCAAAGACUAUGUGCGGAAACUGGAGGUUGAUCAGUUCCUGCCACCUCUGCAGGUGGAUCAAAAGGAGGAGAUGGAUGAUGAUGAUACAGGGAGUGAUUUUGGAGAUGACGAGGUCUCCAUGCAUCACUAUGACAUAGGAGUCCUCAUUACUGCUCUCCCUCACCUUGAAGAGCUUCAUCUCACUUAUGGCAUGAAGGACUGCGGCAUGAACUUUGAAUGGAACCUCUUUGACUUCACCCACCAGGACUGCUGCAACCUGGCUGUUGCCUUGAAGAAGUGCCACAACUUGAAAGUUUUCAAGCUGACACGAAGCAAAGUGGAUGACAACCAAACCAGGCUGCUGGUCCGUAACUUGCUGGAUCACCCAUGCUUGGUGGAGCUGAAUUUGUCCCACAACCUCAUCAGGGACAAGGGGGCACAAGCUGUUGGCAAGCUGAUCAACUGCAGCAGAUUAGAAACCCUCGAUCUGUGCAACAACCAGAUCCAUCACGAGGGGGCUCAGGCUCUUGCUCAAGCCCUUGCUGAGAACUCCACCCUGACCUCUCUGAAUCUGCGCCUUAACUGCCUGGAGGACAAAGGCGGGGAGGCGAUUGGCCAUGCCCUGCUGACCAACACCACCCUGAAGUCCAUCCAUCUGGGCAGCAAUAACCUGUCAGAGCCAACUGCUACGGUUUUCUCCCAGGUCCUGGCUCAGAACACCACCCUGACGAAUAUCAAUUUCUCGUGCAACCACCUGGGGCUGGAUGGUGGGAAGCAGCUGCUUGAUGGGCUGGCAAACAACAAGACUUUGACUGAGUUUGAUCUCCGCCUGGCAGAGGUGGGCCAGGAGACUGAGUACCUCAUUCACCAAAUUGUGUGGGCCAACCGGGAAGUGGCAAGGCUGGGGUCUCUGCAGAAUGCCCCUGCCAAACCCCUCUGAAGAAAACGUUCCAGAGAGCAAUGAGCUUUGCUGGUCCAGUGUUGGAAAGGUUUCACUUCAGAGGCUUGUUUUUAUUUCUGUUUCUGAGAAAUGCUAACCUUGUGACCACCACCAUUCCCAGAUCCCCAUCAUCCAGCCUGUGACUUAGCACAAGACAGACAUCAGACCUCAUGGGACUGUAGGGGCAUCACAGAAGCAACCUGCCUCUUGAGCCCUCUCUCCCACUGCACCCAAGACUAA